AUGGCUAAAGGAGAGUGGGCUAUGCUGUUGUCAGCCACGCUGAGGCCCUCGAGGCAAAUGCUCUCCCAAAUGGAACCUCAGCCCAAAAAGCUGAGCUGGUUGUAUGAUCCUGGCCUUGUGGCUGGCCAAGUCCAAACCUGGAGCACUAUAGACCCAGCAAGAGAACAAACCCCCAGCACUGCAACCAAGAUCACCAAAAAGGGUGAGUGGAUCCACCACUCUCUCAUCGAGCUGGCUCCUACUCACGUUACCGACCAAGAAGUCCUGCAGAAUGGACACAAAUGCUGCCCGCGCUUCGUCCCCCGUAACUCGCCCCGCCGAAAGGACCGGAGGUCGCACGCCUCACAGCCCCCCCGACGGCGCGCGCUGCCGGCGGACUCCCGCGCGCCCCCUCUCCGGGCCCCGCCUCCCAACGGCCUCGCGCGGCUCGCGCAUGCGCGCUGGCCGGCUCUCGAGCUAACCGAACGGUGGGCGGGGCAGCGGGCGGGGCGAGGGCCUGGCUUUCGGCACUGGGGCGUGAGGGAGCCGAGGGGCAAGGCGCAUAGGACGUCGAGGAGGCGCCACAAGGCCCGCGGCCAGCGUGCGGGCGGCCAGGCCCCGAGUCGCGGUGCGCCGCCAGUCGAGCCGGGCUGCAGGGGGGCGCCGACCCUGCGAGAUAAACUGUGGAGGCCCUGGAACGGGCUCAUCGUGAUCGGAAAGAGAAUGGAACUCCUGGGUAGGAACACGACUAAGCCUAGGUCGGGGGACCAGAAGCUGGAGCCUGGGUAUUGGAGAAUGGAUGCGGUGGAAAGGACUGACUCCAAAGAGAAGCCGGGCCUGAGUAAGGGGAGGGUGGAUUUGAACCUGCUGCACAGUGUAGCAAGUGCAUUACGGCCUUCCGCUGACGUGGGGAAAGGCAGCCCCAGGGAGAUCUGGGCAGAGCGAGAGGCCAAACGCAGACUCCCGGCCGUAUCUGAGAGUGCAGUAAGGUCUAGGAGGGGGUCCGGCUUUGAAGAGAGUUUGAGGUCCACUGGGGAGAAGGUACAGACCUACGGAGAGGGGUGGAGGUCCAGUGGAGAGGAUAUGAGAUCCAGAGGAUAUAAACUGAGGUGGAGUUUGGAGGAGCCCAGGUCAAGUGCAGAGAAGAAGGAGUCCAGGGGAGAGAGAAAGAGACUGAGUGAUCCAGAGACCAAUAGAGAGAAUUUGAGAUCCAGAGACCAUAGACUGAGAUCUUGGAAUGGGGAGAAGCCAAAGUCGAGCGCAGAGAAGCUGGUGACCAGUGCAGAGAAGCGGGGAUCCAGUGCAGAGAAGUUGGGGACCAGUGGAGAGAAGCUGGGGUCCAGGGGAGAGAAAUUGCGAUCAAGUGGAGAGAAGCUGGGGACCAGUGCAGAGAAGCUGAGGUCUAGUGGAGAGAAACUGGUGUCCAAGGGAGAGAAGCAGGGGUCCAGGGGAGAGAAAUUGCGAUCAAGUGGAGAGAAGCUGAGGAGCAGUGGAGAGGAUUUGAGAUCCACUGGAGAUAGACUGGGGUCAGGUGGGGAGAAGUUGGGGUCCAGUCAGGAGAAGCUGGGAACCAGUCCGGAGAGGCUGAGGAGCAGUCGAGAGAGGCUGGGGGCCAGUCGGGAGAAGCUGGGGACCAGUCGGGAAAGGCUAGGGGCCAGUCAGGAGAAGCUGGGGACCAGUAGAGAGAAGCUGGGAACAAGUCAGUUGAAUCUGGUGACCAGUCAAGAGAAGCUGAGGGCCAGUCGGGAGAGGUUGGGGACCAGUCAGUUGAAGCCGGGGACCAGUCGGGAGAAGUUGGGGACCAGUGAGGAGAAGUUGGAGAGCUCAGGAAUGGGAAGCAUAAAUGAAGAGAAAAUUGAAAGAGUGAUAGAAGUUAUUGAUAGUGAAAGUGUGGUAGAAGUUCCUGAUGAAAACGUAGAAAUUCCUUUUGAAAGUGUAGAAAGGAGUGAUGAAGAGCUAGAACAGACUGCAGAAGGAAUGGAAGUUGAGGGGGUCGUCUUGAGUGAAGUGAAGGAUAUUGCUGAGGAGUCGGUUUCUAUGGAAGAGAAAGAAGCCGCAGGGGAAAGUGCGAGUGAAUGAGACAGAUGAAGGACAGAAGUCGACAAAGGAAAGAAAAGUAGAUAGGGUACGCAUUGAAAGUCAAAAAGGAGAAAUUAAGCCAAGAAGAGCAUUACUGAUCUGGAAAGGGUAAAGAUGAAAAAGGAAAGGAGAGAAUCUGAGCCUAAGAGAAAAGAGUGGGAAUGAAGAAGAGCUACUGGGGAUGAAGGUGGAGAGUAAGGACCAAAGGAAGCAAAGAAGAAUGGGAAAUGGAGAUAUUUUUGAGAAGAAAGGAAACAUUUGGUAACAAGUUGAUAGAGGAAAAUUGGAUAUUGGUUUCUUGGAGAGGAGUGUGAUGGAGGAGCUUGUAAGGAAAUGUUUGAGAAGUGGAUUUAGGAUGGGCUUAGAGGGAUUUAACAACAGAAGAUUGGGUGUAUGAGAUCUAGGAGGCUGCGUAGGGAGGAAAACGGAGAACUCCAGCAGGAUAAAGGAGAGACAUGGUGGGAUGGGGAAGAACAGGCAAGCUGGCAUGAGUAAAGCACAUUUCUGGAAGAGGAUCUGUGACAAGGACCCUCCGGAAGAAUGAGGGGCACCGAAGUGACAAAACCAAGAGGAGAAGAGAAAAGGAAGUCAAGGAAGGAAGGAAGGAAGAAGCCAGAUCUCAUAAUGCGAGGCCAUCCACCCAUCCACCGAGAAGUUCCAAUGUUUUCUUACGCUUGAUCCAGUGCACACAGCCAGGCAUUCUGGGCCUGCACAGCACGAGGCUGAGACGGGGGCAGCUUCAGUGGUAUGGACGUCUGUCAUCUGUGCUGCACACUACGUUCGUUGAUUGUUCUCUAGCUGGAUGGCAUUUCCUCCUGGGAUGUCAGAUGUGUUCCACCAAGGUCACAGAAAGAAGAGUGGAGAUCAAGACUCCUUGACAAACAUCAGCUGCCUAGCUGGCCACACUGGGCCCAUAUUGCCACCAGAACUGCGUAUUUGGGUUUCCUUCAACUGGGCCUGUGCGUUCCAGCUGGCCAGAGCCCCACCACCUGCCUGGGGUCCCUGCCACCGAGGAUACCUGAGCUCACAUCUCUGCUGUUUCCCCACCAGUGCGCCACUCAGCUUCGGUUUGGUGCCCUCAGUGAGCUGACACAUUUGGACUUGUAUCAAGCCCAGGCCUCUGUCAAUGACCAAAUGCCCCUCUUGAACUUUAAGGACAUGAGAUAAAAACAAUACCAUGUUUUGCUUUGUUGGUUUUUUCCUUCAUGCUGUGGGAAUUGAGAAAAACUAAAUACCCACCCAUGCUUGAGUGCCCAUGGUGAGAGAGUUCCGUACAGGCAGUGUGGGACAAAGCUGAAUGAUCACUAGGUCCUGUAACCAGUACAAAUUAAAAGGAAAUAGAAAAUGUACCACAGAAAAUGGCAAAAGCAACACCAGCUCUGCAAACCCUGUUUAGUUGGUUUUGUAAUUAAUAAUUUGCUUGAAUGUCCAGCUGUGCACUUUCGACAUUUCAUAUUAUAAGGAAGGUUUUGGGGAAACACCUGUGUGUGUGUGGUGGACCGUAGCCUACAGAGCUUGGAAUUCGUUUCCAAAAUUCAGCUGGAGAACAUUUUUUAAAGGUAUAUGAUUUGUUAAGAAAACAUGUGUCUGUACCAUUAAGUUAAAAUCUGAGGUCCAGGGGGGCAAUGUGUUUGUUCAUAUUCGAUAUUGUGUUAACGUGUAAGGAGCUUUAGUAGUACAGUGCUUAAAACACUCAGUAGCAAACCAAAAGAUUGGUGGUUUGAACCCACCAGCUGCUCUAUGGGGGAGAGAUGUGGCAGUCUGCUUCUGUCAAGAAUUCAGCCUUGGAAAUCCUAUGAGGCAGUUCUACUUGGUUCUACAGGGUCGCUAUGAGUCAGCAUCGACUUGAUGGCAAUGGGUUUUUUAAGAUGUCAUAAUAAUAAUCCCCGGGAAAUCCUGGUGACGUAGUGGUUAAGAGCUACGGCUGCUAACCAAAAGGUUGGCAGUUCGAAUCUACCAGCCGCUCCUUGGAAGCUCUAUGGGGCAGCUCUACUCUGUCCUAUAGGGUCGCUAUGCGUCGGAAUCGACAGCAACGGGGUUUUUUUUUUUUUUUAAAUAAUCCCCCGUGGCAGUGGACAGGUAGAACAAAUGACGAUAUUUCAUGUUGGUGAGAGUUUGCUUCUUUGCAGUUUUUAAACUGCCCUUCGAUAUGCAGGUUCAAACAGGUUCAAGAAGUAGAGCCAAGACCAGGGCUCCCCCGUUUGACUCCUAAUCUGGUGUACUUUGUGCUCUGCCUGUUGGUUUUCCAUCUUGCCUGGUCACUUGAGUCAGGUACUGGAGGAAGGCAUUAUUCUCGGGUGGCCACUGAGCCCCAGAGGGUUAAUGUCCAUGUCUCAAGGGCCAUGGAUCCAUCAGACUACUCCAACUCAACUCAGGAGGGACCAGCUCUGCACCAUUCUCCUGGGAAGUAGAAUUAGUCAUACAAGGUUCGAAGUACUGAUGGGUUUGGUCCCAGGAACUAUUUCAACACAGACUGCAUGGGGCCUGAGAGGCAACACUGCUGCUCCUCGGACUCUGACCUCUGCCCAGCACAUUCACCUCCGAGGCUCCCCACCCUGGCGUCUCGCUUAGGGUGGGACCCGGACUGUGUUGUCUCCAGUUUGUCUGUUUGCAUCCGUAUUGCUCAGAAUCCAUUGUUUCCUACUCAUACCAAAUGGACAAAUACCUCAACCUAGGUGCUUAGCACCAUGCUGAGAGCUAGAGAUACACAGACAGGUGCCCUGCCUUGGGGAAAGAACACACAGGGAACAAUUGGUGAACAUGGUGGCACUUUGCUGUGGUACCCUAACAAAUGAUAUUUAUCUCAAUCACGUUAUGGUUUCAUGUCUGUGGUGUGCCCUGAAGUGCCUUAAAAAACCCAAAAACCCAAACCCAAUGCUGUCAAGUCAAUUCCGACUCAUAGCAACCCAAUAGGACAGAGUAGAACUACCCCACGGGGUUUCCAAGGAGCGCCUGGUGGAUUUGAACUGCCGACCUUUUGGUCUUAACCACCACACCACCAAGGUUUCCUAUAGUGCCUAGACUCCCCCAAAAGAUCUGGUAAAGUUCUACUACUUAAAGCAGAGCCUGAAGGAGGGAGGCAGAGCCCCGUGGCUGGCUGGAGGAAGUCCAUCCCAGGGGGACAGCAGGGGGAGCAGCAAGGGGAGAGCCUCCAGGGGCAGUGUGCCUGGCACAUUUGAAGAACAAGAAGCUACUAACUGAACGUCUUCAGGCCUCACUUUCCCCAUCUGUGAGGCCAUGGACUUGGGAGGAACAAAUGAAAUCAGUUAAGUGAAAAUGUUGAUGUAAACUAUCAAGCAUUGUAUAAAAGUUAUUUUCUUCAUGUUGAGUUUGUCAAGUAUCUGUAGAGUGCUUACGUCAUCAUGGAUCAUAAACAUUAUAUGACGGUUCUGCCCUUAAAUUUUUUUUUUUUUUUAUUGAGGGGAAAUUCACACAGCAUACAAUUAGCUAUUUUAAAGUGAACCAUUCUGUGGACUCAGUGGCAUUUAGUGUGUUCACGAUGUUGUGCGACCACCACCUCUCCAGCUUCAAAACACUUCCAUCACCCGCCCUUUCGUUUAUGGUAUUAGUUCAUGUUAUCACUCUUGAAAAAAGGAGUUUUUUCCAUAUCUGACUUUGCCCUUUCUGUUUCGGGCUGGCCUUCCCCAGGUACAACGAUUCAUCCUUGUGUUUCUUCAACAGCUGUGUGUUGCACUUCUGUGCAGUAGCCACUGCGAAAACGUAACGACAAGUCCCAGCGUUCAGGGGAUUCAUAAUCUAGUGGGAAACUUAGAUAUUGAAUGGAUAAUUGCCAGAAAAUUAAUUUAUGAUAAAUGCUCAUGAGAAAAAGCAGGUUGCUUUGAGAAUCGUGUAUAAAAGUUUGUAAAGGUAUUAAAGCUACUAGAAUAACCUGAUUUAUUGUUGUUAUAAUGGUACCUGGAGUCCAGACACUGGACUGAAGAAAAGAAAGGUCACCCCAGGGGUGUGAACUGGUUACGGAACGGCGUAGCGUCCGGAGGCAGAGGUGAAAAUGGUGCCCCCAUAACUACUCUUCGAGGUGUGCAAGACAGGUAGCGUUACCAUCGCUCCCAUUUUAUAGAUGUGGAAACUGAGGUUCAGAAGGUCGUGCCUUGCCUAAUGCCCCCUGGUGGGGCUUAUAGCUGAUAUUCUUUCCACACUAGCCGCCUGUCCGCUGAAGGCGAAAAGCAUUUUGUCCACCAGAGGGCAUCCGAGCACCUGACUGGGAAAAGACAUGGGUGCACAGGCCGAGCUGGUCCAGCAACCAACUGGAUGUGUUCUGGCCUUCCACAAGGGGGCACUGAUACGCUGGCCUCAGAGUCACCUUGGAGGGGACGCCUGCCCCCUGUUCCCUGCCCACACACACACCAGGACUCAUAACCCAGCAAGCUCUUUGCUCUCUCAAGCUUUUUAUUACACACUAAUGUGAACGACUCGACGGCACUGGGUUGGGUAAUGUGAACAUCUCUGUUUUCCUAGAUGAUUUUUUCUUAACCAAGCUGGGAUAACAAAUCAGGGCAGGUAACCCAAGUCACCUCAGGUGAUGAUCCAGUGAUCCCCAAGACAAAUGUCCAGCCCCCAGGCAGGGAGUCACAAAAACUGCUAGCGUGGUUGUGGCAGCCACACGGGUGGUGGUGCCACGGCCGCACGUCCACCAUGUCGGCACAGUCACUGAGCGUCUCCAGGCAGGAUGACCUGGCAGCGUUUCUACCCCACCCACAUCUAGUUUCGCUUUCCUAAUGUUGUUAAAAAGUGUCUUCUAACUGAAGUCAGGUAGUUGAACAGGUUUUAGCAUUUUACAUCAUUUUUUUAAACGAACAUUUGUGUAAGAUUUCUCCCUUCUGAUGGGUCUCCUUUUGUUUCUCUCAGGAGGAUAUCUAGAACUGUCCUCUUUGGCUUUUGUCCAAGAGCCAGAUUCUAAUAGCUCUUGGACUGUGGUUUCAUUUUAACCAUAAAACCUUCUUUUGAAAUGAUUCCUUUUUAACCUGGAGGGUAGGGCCAGCUUGGUACCCGGCGGUAAAUGCCCCCUGCCUGGGAGAAGUAGAGGUGGUGUUCGUUUACUGCUGGCACAGCGCAGUUUAAAAGGCGAGGCCGAUUUGGGCAAAAAAAAAAGAGAAGAAAGAAAGGAAAGAAAUUGUGGAAAGGUCAGUUUGGGGGACUUGUUUGAAUGUCUGCUUUAAUCAGUUAACUCAGAGUGUCAAAGGAGAGCAGUCUGGAGGAGAGAACUGAGGGAAGAAACCAGUCAGCACCACUGAGCAGUCACUCAGCAGACACAGAGUGUCCUGUGGGCAGCCACGGGCCUCAGUGUUCUGGGACAAUCUCAAUUUCCAGGGCAGAAAACACACUGGCCCUUUGUCAGAGCACGCAGCAGACUGCCCCCAAUUCUCAGCUCUGAAAAUGUGAUCACCCCAGAGACCUGUCAGCAGCAAGCCGUCUCCUUAGGAGUGAGCUUACCCAGGCCGUGAGGAGAGCCGGGACCUCCAGGGACCCCUGCAUUCGUCAGAAUAUUCCCUAUUUCUCUUCUCGCCUUACAAUGCAAGUCCUUUAGUAAUAAGUACUUGUGUUUGUAGAAACUUAAACAUACUUUUGAUGCAGCGGGACAGAAAUCGGGUGGCGUUGGGCCGGGCAGCACUUUAUUCUGCGGUAUACAGUGUCACUAUGAGUCAGAACCAACUCGAUGGCACCCAACAACAACAUCUUAUUACAGUUUAGGUGACAAACCUCUUUGGUAACAAAAACAUGAAAAGAAAAUGGGAUAUGUGGUGAAGGUUAAUUCUAGAAAAAUAGAUUGAUGUCAAUCCCACCUGAGGCUAGUCAAAUUGGGAAGGCUUACUCAUUUCACAGAGAGAGCCUCCACUUCCUCCGAGAUUUAUGCUUGGCUUAUUUAUCUCUUCUGGAGCAUCUAAGGAGGAGGGAGAACAGAACAACCAAAGGCUGGAGAUCAGAAGCUGUUACCAGUGGAUGGUCUGACAUGAAAAUGAAGGGUCUUUGAUACCCAGGAUGUUGGCAGAAGACGAGGCUUCCAUUAGGAAACCCUGACCUGGGUGGACUGUUUUAACAGCAGGUGCACAAAGCCAGGGGUAUCCACAAAAGCUGGAGAGGCAGGGGCUGUGUCUUCUACCUUGCUCUUGUUUCUUGUGUGAACCACUUGCAAAUGUUGGGUCAACGUGUUUAUCAGUUCUACUCACUGUGUCUGCGGCAAGCGAGCCACCCGUUCAUGACAUAACCUGGCACAGACUCAGAACAUGGCAUUUCUCCUGUCUGUUACUUAACUCUGGAAGAGGACUGAGGGAGAAGAGAGAAAGUGAACGUUUCGUGUGCCCAGAGGAAAACAGAUCCCACAGAGAUGAAUUUAAAAAAGCCAGUUAUCUGGGAGUUUGAUGGGUGCUGUUAAGAAUGGGUUUCUGUUUCAUCAUUCAGUUUCUAGCUCGGCCUUCCUGGCUCAGACCUGCAUGGCGGAGCUGUUUCUUGGGCCUUCUCCCUGCCUCUUGGCCGCUCCUCCCAUUCCACCUGGCUGCUGCAUCAUGGGACCCUUGGUUCUGGAGUCUUCCCUAUGCACCUGCCAGAGGGGGCUGGGCCAGGGCGGCACUCUCGGGGUGACGUUAGGCUCCCCAGAGGGAGCUGCCACCCCCAGGGAGGGCUUCUUAAUGUCUCGGAGGAGCGCUGGGAGGGAGGUAGCACAGAUUGCAGGUACCUAUUCAGUUGCGCUGACUCAACCUGAGGAUGACGGAGAGGGGGCAUGCAUCUUGGACUGGUUUGGGGGUGGAAUAGUGCAAGCGGGACACUUGCACCGUGAUUUCUUAGGACGUCAUGAUGGCUUCCCGAGGUCCCCAUCCCUUAAGGUCUUUACCCAUCAACCAGCACGCACAGGACCGGGCCUGCUCUCUGUCUCGGUGACAUCUUCCAAAGCCCAGGAAGACAGCCAAAACAGCAGAGCCUGAAAAACACAAGCUCACAUGGGAGGCUCAGGCUCUUGGGGCAGAUUCCAGAAGUCGUGGGAUACUAAGGGUAGCAGCCGCAGGCCCGGCUCUGAGGAGCCCUUCUUGGGAUGUGAGGAGGGCAUUUUCGUGUUACUGGUCAGUGAGAAAUGCCCUGGAAGUACGCUUAUCUUGGAGAGGAAGGAAUGGAACCAAGGGUUUAAGUUGGAGUAUACAUAGCUGACCUAGUUAUAAGAAUGUCUGUCUGCAUGGUUUAGUCCUGAAUGUUAGCAGUGCCAUUCUGGGGCUCCGGGGAGAGUGGUGCUCUCUGGGUGCUCAUCCUCUCCUAGUCUUCAAGCUGGCUUGGACCAGAAAUAGAGUAAAAUACUCAAGUGGCAUCCCAAACGUUGUUGCUGUUAGUUGCCGUUGAGUCGAUUUCUGACUCAUGGCUACCCUGUGUGUGCAGAGUAGAGCUGCACCAUAGGGUUUUCAAGGCUGUGACCCUUUGGAAGCAGAUGGCUAGGCCUGACUUCUGAGAUGCCUCUGGGUGGGUUCGAACUGCCAACCUUUCAGCUAGUAGUCGAGCACUUAACCAUUUAUGCCACCCAGGGCCUCCUUAUCACAAACAUUUGUUCUAAAAAACAAGUGGCCUGGGAAGGGAAAGCACCUUUAGAUCCAGCCGUGGCCUACCGUGGCCCCGUGAGUGACGUGACCUGCAUGUGCCUCCGGGCAGUCCCUGGGCUGUUAUGUGUUCAUAGUCAAUUGGGGCAGUGCUGCUGACAGCGUGGUUUCCUGCAUUAGAGUCACCCUGUCAGCAAGACACUGUUUGCAUCAUUUGUUUGCUGUCUUGUGGCAUAUUAUGCACAAACUCCCUUAAGUUUAAUUAUAUUAAUAUCUGGAAAUGUAGAUAGAAAAACAUGAUACUCGUUGCUGUUGAGUUGAUUCCUACUCAUAGCGACCCUCUAGGACAGAGUAGAACUGCCCCCAUAGGGUUUCCAAGGCUGUAAUCUUUACGGAAGCAGACUGCUACAUCGCUCUCCCUCGGAACAGCUGGUGGGUUUGAACCGCCAGCCUUUCAGUUAGCAGCCAAGUGCUUAACCACUGUGCCACCAGGGCUCCUUGAAAAACACUAUACCAGCCUACAAUUGCUGAAAUUAGGAGCGCUUGGAACUGAAGCCCCAGAGAACCCUGUGGGUUUGUCGGACUUAGCCAGCACAAGUCCCAUCUCUUACAAGCACAGGUGUGCAUAAAGGAUGCCACAAUGCUGGGGGGAUUUCAGGCAGCUCGGGGCCAACUGAGGAGGGAAGGAAAGAGAUAUAACUUCAGAAAACUUCUUCCAGGCCCAAGAGUUUGGAUCUCCCUCUACAGAACACCUGAGGUGUCACUGUUUGGGGUGAGCUGACCGGGUAAGGGAAUCAGCUGGAGGAGGAAAAGCCCGGGACAGACUGGAGGAAGCGGUUUGGGCUGAGUACCACGGAACAGCCUCUUUGAUUUCAGAGAUGAAAUAGUUGACCCCAGACCUCACUGUAAGAUGUGAAGACUCACUUCACUUUUAUAAGCUCAUUAAAGUAGUAUUUUUGACUGUCCACAAGUCCGGCUUUAGAGAAAACAGAGAACACUGCCAGCCACACCGCACCCUUCUCAAACCACUUAGCUGACAGUUUUUUCUUCUAAUUACUUGAGUGAGCGUCUCUGUUAUUUACAAAGCUUGGGGAAGGCACGGUGAGAGGAUUGUGAUUUGGUAUCCUUUCUGGCACAGAGCUGUGAAAUUCAGCCCAUCUUAUGAAUCCCUCAGUACUGUCAGACUAGCAGAGACCACCAGAGUUAGGGGCCUCCCCCCAGAUCAGUUAUCUGGCUGGUUUGCUGUGGCCACGGGGCCAGACCAGGACCCUUGAGUUCAUUUCUACCACUUCACUGACGUUUUGGGUGAAUAGUGGCUAGUUACCUCAAAGCUUUUACACCGUUUCACUUUUGUUCGGAUGAAAUGAGAAAGCCUAUGCCCUUUCCCUUCUUUCCUUCCUUCCUUGGGUGUUGGUAAGGUCAUUGAGAUAGUGGUUGGAAAGCGCUUGGAACUGCUUCAAGAAAACAGCCCACCUCGUUCUUACAUUUGGAUCAGCCCACAACCCCCCAACCCAGAGUCUAGGGUUUCCAUCCAUUGCCCUGGGUAUGGUGCCCAGGAGAAAGAGGGGUGCUCCAGGCCAGAAGCGCAGGUCCAGCUGAUUGGAGAAGGUCGCUCCUGCCCUCCGUUGGCUAUCUCAU